AUGGCCGCUUCCUCGUUUGAAGGUCGCCCAGAGUAUGGAAAAAAUUCCGACCAAACAAAAAAGAAUGGCAUGAAGCAAUACAGAAGGAGUUUCUCCGCUCCAAAAGAAGCAUCCUUUAACUACCAUCCGAAGUAUUUGGCUCGAAAAGAACAGGCCCAAGGACGCCUCGACAUAUAUUUUGCCAACCUUGAGUAUAUCUUCAACAAAGACCAUUCAUACGAUGCCACAAAACUUAUGAACAGACACACAUCCUUGGGACUUGACAAGCUUAAGAACUUGGAUCGCAUGAUAUGCGCUCCCAAGGAAUCCCCACAAGUGCACCCCUUCUGA